UGGAAAUGAAAAUCGAAAGAAGAAUGAAAAAACAUGAAUCCAUCAUCAAAACAGCAAAACUGGCUUCAUCGGAACCCAGCUGGGUCUCGUCGAACCCAGCAGCUGGGUUCGGGGAAACCCAGCAAGGCUGGGUUCGACGAGACCCAGCAAGGUUCGUCAGAACCCAACCUUGCUGGCAAGGCUGGGUUCGACGAGACCCAGCAGGGUUCGUCGGAACCCAGCAAGGGAAACCCAGCCAGGCUAGGUUCGACGAGACCCAGCAGGGUUCGUCGGAACCCAGCCAAGCUGGGUUCGAGGAGACCCAACCUUGCUGGGUUUGACGGAACCCAGCAGAUCUGGGUCUCGUCGAACCCAGCCUGGCUGGGUUUCCCUUGCUGGGUUCCGACGAGACCCAGCAGGAUGGGUGCGACGAGAUCCAGCAGGCUGGGUUCGUCGCAGCCAUCGGAAGUGGAGACCCAAGGCAGGAAAGAAAGAAAGAGAAAGAAAGAAGGGGAAGAAGAGGGAUUGGGUGGGUGAGGGUAGUUAGGUAAUUUUAUUUGUUUUUAUUUAAACUAUAAAUAUUAAUCUACGUG